UUAUCGUAUUUUCGUAUUUUAAUUAUCAUGAAAUGACUUAAACUUGAAAACUUUCCAGUUAUCGUUUCUGAAAGCAUUUCUUUCCUUUGUCCCUCCUUCCAACUCCUUCGACAUCUCACUUGGCUCACUUGAAUUUCAUCCUAUUCCUACAACAUUCACUCUUUAUAUCUUGUUAUGAGCUUGACUUUUGACAAUUUGUUGACGAGUUUCCAAACUUUCAAAUCUCAUGAUAUUCUGCUUUGUCAUUUUCAAUGCAACCUUGUUAUUGUCAAUGGUAUGAAUUUGGUUUGCAAAAUUACGCGCUAAAUUUAUAAAUCGUGUUUACAGUCACCAGAAAUACCAACAGUUCAUUCGAUUUUCUUCAUUUGGUUUAAUUUUAUCCAUUUCAACUUUUCCUUUGUCAAUUGUUUUUAUCGUAUUAUCGUAUUAUUAUUGUAAAUCUGUAUAUUUGGAAACAAAAGGACAGCAGUUAUGGCUCCAGUUGAAUCGACCAGUUUAAUCAACAGACCAACCAGUGACAAGAAAUCAUCCAUUUCAACUUUAAGUUUACCAAUUAACGAGGUCAAUCUAUUGAAUGAAUUCCGAUCUUUACUAUCAACUCAUCCCAAGACGAAAGAAUAUGAUUUUAAUGACAAAAUAUGCCUUAAAUUUCUUCGUUCCCGUGAUUAUGAUCUUUGCGAAUCGCUAAAGGUUCUAUCAGGUUUCGUUGAUGUAGCUGAAGAGAGACCAGAUAUUUUUUCCUGGAGCGAUAAUAUUAAAAAGGUCAUCUCAUCUGGUAUGUACUAUCACUAUCCGGUCAAGACUCCAAAUGGUUGUAAAUUGUUGAUCAAUCAUCCUGGCUGUUGGGAUACUAGGUCAUUUAAGAUUACGGAUAUUAUAAGUGCAACGCUUUUCUUUGAUGAAAUGAGCCUUCUGGAUGAAGAUGUUCAAAGAAACGGUUUUAUUGGUGUUAUCGAUAUGAGAGGCCUUGGUUGGAGUCACAUCUAUAAUGUCGGUUUGACCAAUGCCAAACUGGCUUCCGAUUUAACUGAUAAAUAUAUUCCAUUUAAACUAAUCAACCUUCAUGUUGUUUAUGAGAAUCGACUCACAGAUAUGGCUUACUCGUUGUUUAAACCCUUUUUGGAUGAGAGAUUAAAAAAGCGCAUAAUCUUCCAUGGACAUGAUUUGACCAGUCUUUACAAGUAUGUGCCGCAAUCGUGUUUGCCUCCUUCCUUUGGUGGGACCAAUGUUGAUUUUUCAGCAGAUUAUUACAAUGAACAGUUGGAAUCUCAUAAGGAGCAGAUUUUAAAAAUAUGGGAAAGUCUUAAGAAAAAGAAAAGUGUAAAUAAAAAAUAAUGACACAAUUUUCAUGUUUCAGUAAAUUCAAAUAUAUAUUCAAA